AUGUGCCACACAAAAUACGGGACACAAAUCCCCCACUCAGAUGGCAUUGUCGAAGUCCCAUGCGCGUCUGCGAUCAUCAUGGCAGACCCUAUUCUUACCCGUCACAAUAAUGCGCACCCCCAAUGGUGGAAGGAUGCCGGUAUUCGCAGGCUGAACCUUUAUCUUGUGGGUACCAUGUUGGGUAGUGUCAGUUUUGGUUACGACGCUUCCCUCAUCAGCGGACUUCUCUCCAACCAGCAAUGGUUCGCGGAUUUGAAAAUCGCUUCUUCUCACAUGGAAGUACUAGUGAUUGCAGCACAGUCUUUCGGUGCCAUCGGUGCCUUACUUCCAGCCGCCUAUAUCUCCGAUCUCAUUGGCAGACGAUGGACGGUCAUCCUUGCCGACGUUGUCACAAUUGCCACCGUCAUUGGCCAGUCGUUUUGCCGAACGUCCACCUCAUUCCUUGGAACUAGGUUGCUUCUAGGAUUUUUCAGCGUUUGGAGCAUUGUAUCAACCAAUGCCCUGGUCAUUGAGCUGAGCCAUCCUCGCCAGCGAGCUCAGGUCACCGCGUUGUUCGCCUUCCCGGCUGUCCAAAUUAUAUUUCUGGCAAUGACACCAGAAUCUCCUCGAUGGUUGUUAACGAAGGGUCAAGAUGAGCGUGCCAAGGACAUAUUGAUCUGUUUUCACGCCAAUGGUGUUCACGACGACGAAAUGGUAGAUCUUGAAUUCCGUGAGGCUAAGGCAUCAGUGGAAGCCGAGGAACGCGGAGCGUCGUACAGCUGGUUGGCCCUUUUCUCCACAAAAGGGAACAUCAAGCGCACAAUUCUCACACUCUUCCUGGGACUGAGCUCACAGUGGGUUGGCAAUGGUAUUAUAAGCUACUAUCUUUCCCCCAUACUCGAAAGUAUCGGCAUUGGAAGUUCUCGUCAGCAGAUAGCGAUCAACGGCGGUCUCCAAAUUUUCAAUUGGGCCGUAUCUGCUAUCGCUGCUCUGUUAGCAGAGCGCCUUGGAAGAAGAACUCUCCUCCUAAUCUCCGCGAGUGGUAUGAUACUUUCUAUGUCUGUGGUGACAGCAUGUUCUGCGACUUACGCCAACACCGGUGAUAAACAAUCUGGCACAGCGGUGAUUGUUUUCUUGUUUUUGUUCUUUGGUGCAUAUGAUGUUGGAUUUACGCCAAUUCCGCCUCUCUAUGUCAACGAAAUUGCGUCCACACAUCUUCGCGCUAAAUACAGCAGCCUAUACUGGUUCAGUACCGCGGUGGCGCUAUGCUUCAACCAAUACGUGAACCCAAUAGCCUUCGACGCAAUAACGUGGAAGUACUAUCUUGUCUACAUUUCCGUGUUAUGCCCUGUCAUCGCAGUGCUUUACUUCUAUGCUCCAGAAACCAAGGGCCGGACUCUUGAACAAGUGGCUGCUAUUUUCGACGGUGAUAUAGCGGAUGGCCUUGCUCAAGCUGAUAAUGAAACCAAGACGGAGGGAGUCUCGGAGCAUAGAGAGUUUGCCUAA